AUGUCUGAGUCUUCAAAUGUCGUGUCUGGAGCUUCCUCUGGAUCAUCAAAUGAGCGUCGACGAGGUAGACGAUUUGUAGGUGUUCCGAAGAAUUGUUGGUGUGGUGAAUCCGUCGUUCCGUUGAUGUCAAAAUCGACUCUCAAUCCUUAUAGGAGAUACUUUCGAUGUGUGUAUGCUGCAAGAAAGAAGCUGGAGAAUGAUGAGCAUAGAUUUAAAUGGAUAGAUGAGGCAAUAUUGGAGGAGUUAGAAUCACUUGAAUGCAAAAGUACAAGUAUUGAGAAAGAGAUGAAAGAGAUUGCAAGAGAGAGAUUGGUCCUUGACAAGGAAGUACUUGAUCAAGUUGAGGAAGUGUUGGCCGAAGAGAAAAGAAAGAUGAAGAACAUGAUGGUUGUCUUAAGCAUUAUAUCUGCGGUUUCUGUUGUGUCGAUGGCCAUUCUCUACUUCAAGUAA